UACAGAAAAAUUGGGAAUAACAGAAGAGUUUAGUGAAGAAAAUCACGUUCAAGGCACCUUUCCACCCACAAUCUGUAUUUUACUCUUGUAUGGGCUAGUUUGUAUUUGAGCUAAGGCUGUACCCGUUUUAUCACUUAACAGUAUGUUUAGUUUUUCACUUUCGCUUAGAAAUCAUUCUUAAAUAUAAUUUCUAAUUUUUUUCUUUCUUUUUUUUUUUUUGAUUGGCUACCUAAGCCGUCACUGUGUAGGUCCUAAUACAUUAUUUAACCAUUUCUGGGCUGUGGGGCAUUUAGGGUAUUUGUGAAUUUUUGCUUCGUUUUAGGAUUCCAGGUAACACUUUGGUAAACCUUUCUAAAAAAAAAUUUCAGGUGAUUAACUUGGACUAAUUCUGAGAAGUGAAAUUAUUAGAAUAGAUGCUGUGAGCUUGUGUGAUCUUUUUAGGUCUUCAUACACAUGGCCAGAUUGUUUGCCAAAAAUAGUUUUAGUAGUUUCCAUCAUUCACGUUUGUGCUUUUUUCACCAAAAGUAAUUCUUUUCUAGGAUAUCAACCAACAAGGUUGAGCCUCUUUGGAUUUUUUUUUUUCAGUGUUGGUCUGUGGCAAUUCCACUUGCUUCAGUUUUGUGCAGGACUCUUCAGAGGAUGUUAGUAUGGGUGUGUAUGUGUGUUACCGGAGUUACUGCAUAGGCCCUGACUGAAUGUUGGAGCAGGAUGGUCUCUUAAAGCGAUCGUCUGGCAUAACUCCCUUAUUUUGCAGAUGAGGAACCUGGGGCCUGGAGAGGUGAAAUGAUUUCUGAUCAGGGUUGUUAAAAUGAGUCUGCGGAAGCAAACACCCAGUGACUUCCUGAAGCAAAUCAUCGGACGACCAGUUGUGGUAAAAUUAAAUUCUGGAGUGGAUUACCGAGGGGUCCUGGCGUGCCUGGAUGGCUACAUGAAUAUAGCCUUGGAGCAGACAGAGGAGUAUGUAAAUGGACAGCUGAAGAAUAAGUACGGGGAUGCAUUUAUCCGAGGAAACAAUGUGUUGUACAUAAGUACACAGAAGAGGAGGAUGUGAAGAUACCAAGAGUACCAUGCGUUUCAUACUUGGAUGUUUUUUAUUAAGUUUUUUAGUUCUUCUGUCAUAUAAUUUGUCCUAUUUUGUUAUAGUCGUUGAUUUUUCACUGACACGUGAGGAGUGAGAUAAAUGUAUAAAAUUGUGGAUUUAA